CCUUCCUCAGUCGGACGGGCAUGGAGACGCUUCUGGAAGGAACGCCGCGAUGGCUGCGCAGGGAGAGCCCCAGGUCCACUUCAAACUUGUAUUGGUUGGUGAUGGUGGUACUGGAAAAACUACUUUCGUGAAACGUCAUUUGACUGGUGAAUUUGAGAAGUAUGUAGCCACCUUGGGUGUUGAGGUUCAUCCCCUAGUGUUCCAUACCAACAGAGGACCUAUUAAGUCCAAUGUAUGGGACACAGCCGGCCAGGAGAAAUUCGGUGGACUGAGAGAUGGCUAUUAUAUCCAAGCCCAGAGUGCCAUCAUAGUGUUUGAUGUAACAUCGAGAGUUACUUACAAGAAUGUGCCUAACUGGCAUAGAGAUCUGGUACGAGUGUGUGAAAACAUCCCCAUUGUGUUGUGUGGCAACAAAGUGGAUAUUAAGGACAGGAAAGUGAAGGCGAAAUCCAUUGUCUUCCACCGAAAGAAGAAUUUUCAGCACUACGACAUUUCUGCCAAAAGUAACUACGACUUUGAAAAGCUCUUCCUCUGGCUUGCUAGGAAGCUCACUGGAGACCCUAACUUGGAAUUUGUUGCCAUGCCUGCUCUCGCCCCACCGGAAAUUGUCAUGGACCCAGCUUUGGCAGCACAGUAUGAGCACGACUUAGAGGUUGCUCAGACAACUGCUCUCCCGGACGAGGAUGAUGACCUGUGAGAAUGAAGCUGGAGCCCAGCGUCAGAAGUCUAGUUUUAUAGGCAGCUGUCCUGUGAUGUCAGCGGUGCAGCGUGUGUGCCACCUCAUUAUUAUCUAGCUAAGCGGAACAUGUGCUUCAUCUGUGGGAUGCUGAAGGAGAUGAGUGGGCUUCGCAGUGAAUGUGGCAAUUCACAAAAUACCUUCAUUGUUUGGACCUGCAUAUUUAGCUGUUUUGGAACACAGUUGAUUCCUUGAGACUGCUACAGUCACAUCACAAUAUUCAGUGGUGAAAUCUUGUUUGUUACCGUCAUUCCCAUUCCUUUUCGUUUAGAAUCAGAAUAAAGUUGUAUUUCAAAUAUCUAAAAAAAAAAAAAAAAGAAAAGAAA